AGGAGGCAAUUUGUACCUCACUUGAGCCACAUAUUAUUAACAGUCGUCACCAUCACCUGAUUACACGAUGGCAGAUCUCCUUACACUUCAACAGAUCACUGAAUUGAAGGAGGCUUUUUCGGCGUUUGACCAAGAUUGCGAUGGGAAUAUUACGAUUGACGACUUAGAACAGGCUUUCAGUUCCAUCGGUCACAAAAUCUCGAGGAAAAAGCUGCAGACGAUUCUCGAGGAGGCUGAUCUCGACUCUAAUGGCGUGAUCGAUUUUCCUGAGUUCCUCACCCUUGUUGCGACGAAGCUGAACGACCCAGAGGAAAAGGAACUCGAGCUGCGACGUGCGUUCCGCAUGUAUGACCUCGGUAAUACUGGCUACAUUUCUGUUCCAAACCUCAAACUUGUGAUGGGAAGACUAGGGUGCCCGUUAACAUCCGAGCAGGCCUUCGAUAUGAUCAGCGAAGCAGACGCUGACGGAGACGGAAAACUGAGCUUUGACGAUUUUAGAAGAAUUAUGACGGAGGGAUGGCAAGCUACGGUGUAA